AUGGCUGCGUCGUCGCCAGAGGUCCUUCAUGCUCGGAUACAAUGGCUCACGCAGUACAUUGAGGACAACAUACGUGGAGCGGCCUUGGGCCAGAAUAUGCCACCAAAACAGAAGGAAGCGUCACAAGCUGUCGACGAGGGUGCAGGGGAAAGGGGCUCUCCUAGAAAUCCGGUCCAGUUUCAGCAUAAUAGUCAAGCUCAAAAUACAAGCUCGUCCCUUGACAAUGAGCCUGACAAUGCAGAACAGAAGAAGGGGACUUCAGUGAUGAUCUGGAAAGGGAUAGACAGCAAAGGACCACAGUCGCUGGCAUGUCUUAAUGCUUAUUUUCACCACGUUCACCGGGCAUACCCAUUCGUCGAUAAAACACGAAUUAUGCAAGUUCAGAGUGCCAAUGUGAACGUCGUGUUGAUCGAGAAUGAUGCUGACUCCAUGAUGUUAUACCUUAUCCACGCCAUCGGGCGGACGACGCUUCAGCGAUCAGGCAAACUUAGCCCCCUGACCGGGGAAGAGGUUAAACUACCGUACUCCAUUAUUCUCCGAUAUUGCAUGGAGAAUGAAAGCAUUGAUUCAGUACAGAUUCUUCUACUACUGGCCUUGUAUUCGCUGUUUGAUCCUCACGGUCCUGGUCCAUGGACAACUGUAGGAAUCCUGACCCGGCAAGCCAUGGCACAGGGUCUGACUUUACAGCGUACAACGAAUGUAGAUCAAACCUCGCCAGCAGACGAGCCGUCGAAUCGACUCUUUUGGAGUAUUUACGUACUGGAUCGCAUGGUCGCGUCCUCUGUCGGACAGCCUCCGGGGCUGUUUGUGCCGGACGCUCACAUCCCAUUGCCAGCUGUAACAGUUACUGAAUUUGCUUCAGCACAGCGAGCAGAAGUUUCGAGUAUGUUACUGGUAACACGACAUGUCAUCCAGCUGCGUCGUCUUGAGAGCAAAAUCACGGAUGCGAUCUUUCUACGUCCUCGAGCAGAUGUCCGUUCCUUGACCCCUUCCGAUCGCGCCGCUAUCAUUAGCGAGCUUCAUUACGCUGUGGAUAACUGGUACAGUGAUGGCUGUUUGAUAUCCCGCCCAGAACCAAGUAAUGUGAGGAUCCAUGACACCAUGGCCUGGCUUAACGCACGUUAUUAUCAACUACUGAUGUUGAUAUACUAUCCGACACCGUUCAAUCAACCAUCACAUCCCGGAUCUCAUGAACACCUCCUCAACGUUGUUCAGAAAUAUAUCCAUUACAGUCAGGCAUUAUUGGAACUAGGGCAACUGCCGCUUAACUACAUAACGUUGACCCGAUUCGUCCCUGCAUGUCUCGUCCUGCUUUACUGCUUUGGUCAUACGACGGCCAUGGUGUUUUCAGCCAAGCAAGAGAUACAAAGCUGUAUAGCAAUACUUCAGAGCUUCUCCAGCGGGUGGGAGCAUGCCAGAUCCUUGGCAAAAAUUAUGACAGACUUUGCUUCUGUGAUCUCUAUGUACGAAAGCCGAUCUGCCAGCUGUCUUGUGACAUUACAAACAACACCCGUCUUGCGACAUGCCGCAAAGCCAUCACUUUACCCACGCGUGCUUUCACUUCGAGCGCAGUUGAUUGAAGUAGGUGGACGCAUCAUGGGGAAGGCAAACUGCUAUCAAUUCAUAUAA